UGUUGUUACAAAUACAGAGAAACGAGAAAAAGAUUCAAGCAACUCAUCUGGGCUAUUGCAGUUGGGAGCGUAAUCAAUCCAUUUAUUUUCCAGUAUGUUUAACUAUGUCUUUCUGUCAAGUGCAGUUUCUGCUGAUGGUGAUAUGUGGAAAGGAGAAAGAUAUAGAAUCAUUUGAGACACCACAGUCGGCAUAUACACUCGCAGCAUGAACCACUCCGCUGAGCUGUCUCCUUCAGAGGACCCUGAGGAGUUUGAUGGUGGGACAGCAGUGGUUUGUGUGAUCCUGGGCCUGUCCUUCCUGGUUGGAGCUCCGGGGAACCUGCUGGUGAUCUGGACUAUCCUGAGACAUGUUAAGCAGCGCUCCCACACUGUGGUGCUCCUCCUGCACCUGGCUGCUGCAGACCUGCUCGUCCUCAUCACCCUGCCUCUGUGGAUCUACUCUCUGGCACACACCUGGGUGUUUGGAGAACAUUUUUGCAAGGCCUUAGUGUACAUUGUCAAUGUAUGCAUGUUCAGCAGCAUCUUCUUCAUCACCCUCAUGAGCGUGGAGCGCUAUCUAGCCAUCUGUCAUCCAUUUGUGAUGAUGCGUUGGAAGACCAAGAGCAUCAUGAACAGGUGUCUUGUAUUUUUGUGGCUCUUUGCUCUGCUUCUGGGAGUGCCUGCAAUUCUGACCCGGACUGUGGAUGAAAGUGAUGGAGCUGAACAGUGUCUUUCCAUGGAGGUCAACUCUUUGACCCAUGCAAUCCUCUUCUUAUGUGUGGAGAUCUUUGGGGGGUUUGUUGUUCCUUUCAUCAUUCUCACUGUCUGUUACUGUCUUGUAGCUGCGCAGCUCAGGAAAAUGAGUUUCAACUCCAAACAGAAAUCCAUGGUUCUUGUCCACACUGUGGUGAUUGCUUUCACAGUAUGCUGGUUGCCUUACCACAUUAUCAACAUUACUGAUCUGGUUUGCAUUCUAGGAUCCGGCACAGAACAUGAAUGUGUCCCGAAAAGUAUUGUCUAUACCUCUGGUGCCCUUGUUUUCAUCAGCAGUUCGGUAAAUCCUGUGUUAUAUGCCCUCUUUGCAAGGAACUUGCGAGGGAGUCUCGAGGAGUCCAGGCUGGUCAGGCUGUUUCAGGAAAUAGCCACUCACACAAACAAACUCAGGGAGAUGGCAUUACAACAACAGGCUGGCCAGAGGGCAGCAAAUACACAGGUAGAGCUGAUGUCGGACUCUCUGUGUGAGAAAAAUACUGUGAAUCCCUGAAAAUGGGAUAACAGGAAAAUGUGACACGUGUCUUUUACAGUUAAUUAGGAGACAGUGUGCUGUAAUUUAUACCAUUACUAUGUAUUGUACCCUCCUGUUGUUGUUGCAGAUUUACCCAACACAGCCAAAUAUAUGAUUGUAAUAUCAUGUUUUGGAGAAUAUUUAUAACUUAUGUUUGUUUACAUUUUGUUGUAAAGUUACAAUUUUAGUGUUGUAUAACGUGGUUGAUAAUUAAAAUUAAAGAUGCAUUUGAAAACUGAAAACUGCUCCAAAUUUCACUUUUGAUCAUUAAAUAAGACUAAAUCUUUUAUUUCUACUACUACUACUACUUGUACUUUAAGUUACAAGUAGAUCUUAUUUCUUUAAAAAAAAAAAUACUGUCCUCUGUACUGUACUUUUAUAUUGAGUAUGAAUCAAUCAUUGCCACUCAGCCACAUGUGCAUAGUCUUUCAAAAUGCUAUACAUUGAUGGGUGAAAGAGCCUUGAAUCAUAUAUUUUAAGUUCACUUCCUGACACAACUGCACUACCAGUCAAAAGUUUGGACACACCUUCUCAUUCAAUGCUUUUUAUUUAUUUGUAUUAUUUUCUACAUUUGAGAUUAAUACUGAUGACCAACACUAUUUUGUUUACGAUAUAAUUCCAUAUGUAUUCCUUUAUAGGUUUGAUGUGUUCAGUAUUAAUCUACAAUUUAGAAAAUAAUUCAAUGAAAAGCAUUAAAUGAGAAGGUGUGUCCAAACUUAUGGCUGGUAGUGCAAAUUAAAGCAUCUCCUCCCUCUGGAAUAAAACAACACGAGGACAGUUUCCAGUCCACAGUUUCUUGUAAUUUAUCCAUUUUACAUCUGUUUUUUUAAAAAUUGUGAAUACAUAAUUAUAUAAUGUUAUAUAUUAUGUACUUACAUUGUGUUGUUUUCUUUAUGCCAUUUAGCAUUCAAAAGUCAAAUGCUGUAUUUAAAAAUAAUGUAUUUUUCCUUAUUUUGUUGAUGUCAGUAAAGUGAAACUGUCCUGAUUGUGUUACUGAUUUGUAGCUUUUAAAUUGUAUUGGUUCACACAAUAAUCCUGCAUCCUGUUAAAUAAAAUAGUGAAACACAAAGUUA